AAAGGCACGAAAAAUGAAGAGACCAUUAGAAGAAAAGAAAGAUAUGGUCAAAGAGCCUCUCCUGAGCACUGCAUCACCAAAAGGUGGUUCUGGAACCAUGCCAUUCAUCAUAGCAAAUUCGGUUCUUGAGAAGGUGGCAACUUAUGGGGUAUCGCCAAACAUGACUCUGUAUUUGUUGAAGGAAUAUCAUAUGGAGAUGGCGACUGCAUCAAAUAUCCUCUUUUACUUGUCUGCAGCUAACAAUUUCACGCCAGUUCUUGGAGCAAUUGUUGCAGAUGCUUAUGUUGGUCGGUUCCAUAUGAUCGGAUUUGGAUGCGUUAUUAGCUUUCUGGGGACUAUUGUUUUGUGGUUGACAACUAUGAUUCCCCAAGCAAGGCCUCCUCCAUGUAAUGAAUCCAGCAACAGUUGCACCUCAGCAACAUCUUUCCAACUCUUUAUGCUAUUCACAUCCUUUAUACUCCUUUCCGUUGGAGCUGGAGGCAUCAGGUCUGCUUCCCUGGCCUUUGGUGCAGAUCAAUUCGAGAAAAGAGAUGGAAAGAAAGAUGCAGUCUUGUUACAGAGAUAUUUUAGCUGGUAUUAUGUGUCGUAUUCAUUAUCUCUUGUCCUUGCUUUGACCUGUAUGGUGUACAUUCAAGAUCAAAUGGGGUGGCAAAUUGGUUUUGGAGCUUCAGUAGUGGUUAUGUUUUUUGCAGCUCUUCUGUUUUUUCUGGCUUCCCCCUUCUACAUCAAGGUAAAGGCUAAAGCAACCUUAUUCACUGAACUUGUUCAAGUGAUUGUAGCCUCUUAUAAAACUAAAUCUCCCAAGUUAUUAUCGAGUAGCAGUACUGAGAUGUUGUACCAUCACAAGAACGGCUCAACACUGGUUUUUCCUAGUGAAAAGAUGAGGUUUCUAAACAAAGCUUGCAUAAUCCACGAUCCCGAGCAAGAUCUUACCCCUGAUGGAAGAGCUAAGAACCCCUGGAAUCUUUGCACAGUGGAUCAGGUAGAGGAUCUGAAGGCACUACUUAAGGUGAUCCCAAUAUGGUUGUCAGGAAUAGUGACAUUUAUCAAUAUUAACCAGACAUCUUUUUCGGUACUUCAAGCAAGUUCCAUGGAUCGCAAGAUCAUGGGGAAUUUCGAAAUUCCAGCAGGUUCUUUUGGUAUAUUCAAUAUCAUUUCUAUGAUACUCUGGGUUGCUUUUUAUGAUCAAGUGCUUCUGCCGAUAGCAGCAAGAAUCAAGGGGAAACCUGUUUACCUCACUGCAAGACAAAGAAUGGGAAUUGGAACGUUUAUCUCUUUUCUCUCCGUGGUUGUAACAGCAACCAUGGAAUGUAUUCGUCUUAGUCUUGCAUUUAAGGAAGGAAUUUCAGAUGAUCCAGAGGCAAUAGUGCACAUGUCAGCUCUUUGGCUUUUGCCCCAAUAUUGCCUGAUAGGAUUGACUCUGGGUUUGAGUGCUAUCGCGCAGAAUGAGUUUUUCAUUUCAGAACUGCCCAGAAGCAUGUCCAGUAUGGCUUCUACUCUCUGUGGAGUUGGAAUUUCUCUAGGAUGUUUGGUAGCAAGUUUUAUAAUGAGUACUAUUGAUGAUUUUACAAAAAGAGGUGGCGGGGAGAGCUGGAUUUCUACCAACAUUAACAAGGGUCAUUACGAUUAUUAUUUUUGGGUUCUUUCUGGUUUAAGUUUGGUAAACUUCUUUUUUUUCCUGAUCUGCUGUUGGACCUAUGGACCUUGUAGAGGGGAGGAAGGCAAUGUUAAUGAUGAAGAAGUUUCCUUGCGUUAGAAAAUAAAAUUCAAUGAAGAAUCUUCCUACUGGAGUGUCAAGACAUCUUGACGAUCGAAACUGGUUUCAUAUGGAAGUCGUACAUAUGAAACAAAAUUUGAUCUGUCAUCUUUACUGGCUUUUCUCCACUCCUUGAAGUGCUGUAGCAAAGCUCUUUUCUGCAUAACAUGCUUCUCGUCUAGGGCUGUCACAUCUCCAAGUUAACACUACGCGCGAUCGAAUUUCUCGACACCAGUCUUUGUUGGUCCUCAUUGUUGCAAAGCCUCUAGCGGUUUGUAACGGAGAUAUUAACAAAGUUAGCAAGAGCUCUCCAAACCCAGAGGAGAUUCUGUAACAAAGCAAAGAGAAAAUAAAAAUAGAGAUACAAUUUUACGUGUGAUUCGAUCGAA